AUCUGUUAAAACAGACAUGGGUCUCAAUGUAAUCAAGUACUUGUGAACAUUUCAGCAGUCGGCUGAGUGUAAUUUUGUCCUUGAAAUUAUGGGAUGGGAGUGCUCUUUUUUGUGAGCCCAUAAAAAGGCGAGCAUGACCACCUCAUACCUCAGCAAUAAAAGAAUACAGCCUCAGUGCAGUGUAAGCAAUGUCAGUGUGCAGAGUCCAACAGCUCGACUGGCUCAUUUUGUGGGAGAUGAUUGUCAAAGUCUUUCGUUCCAAGUUCAGACCAGCAACUGGUUUUCAGGGACCAUGCCCUCGGGGAAGACGGUCAAGCUCGUCCUGUAUGAGGUUCUGCAGCUUGCAGCCCUUAUCGUACCCAUCUUUGUGAUUAUGGAGAGGUUUGCCAGCCUCAUACAUGAUGUGAGAGGAGGGGAUCUAACAGCCUACUGGCUAGUGGUGGCAGCCUCUAUUGCCUAUGUGACCUCUGUGACCCUGCUGGUGUGGGUUCCUCUGAAAUAUCUCAUUCUGAAGCGGCAGAGGUUUAUCUCAGAGAUCACACAGUGGAGACCAACAGCACUAGCGUAUCUCAUCCUGUGUACAUUACCAUGCUUUGCUAUUUUAAUAGCCAGCUCCAAGGUGCAGGUGGACAGAGGACACCGAAUCGACCAUUUCAUUGAGUUGCCCGUUUCCUUGGUACUUUUUUCCCUCAUCUGUGUGGAUGUCAUAGAGAGGAUUCGCCCCUUUAGGCUCGUCGGACAACCAGGCAGCCUGGAUUCUGACUUUGACAUGCCAGGCCCCAUCCUCACCUACCUGGAACAGGUGACCACCGUAACAGGCCAGCUGCAUCCUGAUGAAGGCCAGAAUGGUUCGACCCAGGGCCACCCAGAGGCCAGGAAUGGCAGCACCUCAGGCAGAUGGCAGGACCUCGCUGGCUCACCCAGCCGCUCGACACUCAGCUCACGAGCACCCAGCACUGCCUACCUGUACUCCUCAUCGCCACGCCAACGAUCCUACUCGGGUUCUCUGGGCUUCCUGUUGAGGAGGGACGGAAGGUCAGAGGUGUUUGUGGAUAGUUUUCUGUUCUGGCUCGACACUGUGGAGAUGGUAAGAGUGGCAGGAGAGCCAUCAGUCUUCUACUCGGCCUGGGUGUUUCCUGUCUACAUCUUCGCCUUCAUGUCUACUCUCCGCAUGGUCAUCACUCCUCACAAUCCGUUACUGUCUUCUGCUGGAGUUGCUCUGCAGGACCUUCCUUUCUUCAUCAUUCGGGUCGCUCUGAUUGUUGUGUUUGGUUAUAUAACUCCUGUGUUGUACACAUUGAAAAAUGUGCUGGUGAGCCUGACUUUUAUCUACUUUACAUUUCUGACUAGGCUGAGGAUUUUCAGAAGGCAGAGCAUGUUUUGAGGAGGGGUGGCGCAUUAUGUUGUUUAUGAAUGAUCCACUUUGAUUGUGGACUGUUGAACAGUUGGUGUAUUUUUGUGUAGGGAGCAGCACCAGAGAAACGUGGAGCUGACAUGGAGAAGGUACUGAUGAUCAAGAAGAACACGCUUUGAGAUGUAUAUGAGGCCAUUCAUCCAAAUCAAAGUGUAAAAAAAAAAGAUUCUGGAUUUCAAACAAAAAAGGUGUGUAGGUGGAGUGUACAGUAAGCCAGUUGUCAUGUUUCUGUGACACGUUUGAAUCCAAAUGUAUUUAUUGAUACUUAAUUUUAUGUUUACUUGCUACAUUU